UGGGCAAUUAUCAUUCAUUCACUCAAUCUCGAAAGUAGAACAUUAAACUAAUAAACAAUUAUGAUUGAACAAGCUUACACUCUAGCCCAAGUGGCAGUCAAUGAUGGCAGUGACGGUAGCCGAGUAUGGAUCAUCAUCAAAGGAGGCGUUUAUGAUGUGACAGACUUUCUCGAUCAACAUCCCGGUGGUGCAGAUUUAAUUGCUGAAUAUGCUGGCAAAGAUGCAACAAAGGCAUUCAAUCAAGCAGGUCAUUCGUCAGAUGCAUCCGCAAUGCUUAAGAAAUACCGAAUCGGUAUUGUAUCAGAGAAACCAAAAUUACCUGCCCCAGCUGAAAAUAGAUACAGCAAUCAAUCUCAAGUCUCACUAACCCCCAGUGCCAAAUCAGAGAAGCGCCGAAGAAUAAAGUUCCUGUUUUGUGUUUGAAAAUAUGUAUUUAUUUCACUUCAUAGAUUAACUUAAGAGUCAUUUUAGUUAUUUUGUUUUUAAGAAAUCCACAGUUUUAUGUACAUAUUCAAUAUUAUGUCUUUAUAUUUAACUUUUAAUUAAUAAACAAACAAAAAAUAUAA